AUGUACAACUCCCAGUUAAAUAUCAAUAGUAAUACACAACAUUUUCAACAUUUACAUAAAUUUCAUUUAACAAAUAAGCCAACCAAACCUCAUACGAUUUCUACUACUACUUCACCUUUACCAACAGAUUUACUAAGUAUAAAUUUACCCUUUCCUCCGGUCCUUAGCGCUUCUGAAAUCGCACACAAAAGAAUUCGUUCAAAAAUUUGUCAAAAAAGCCCGAAUGCUUUUUUUGUUUAUCGUAAGGCAUUUGUCGAUCAUCUUUCAAAAUUAAGUCAUAAGUUGAAAAUGACGGAUGUCUCAAGAUUAGUUAGUCAUCAUUGGAAAUGUGAAAAGUCAGAAAUCAAGCUGGUCUACGAAAACAUUGCUAAAGAAGUUGAAAUAGAAUUAAACAAUAUAAGAAAUAAGAAUUUGGUUUAUGAGGACAUUCAUGAAAAAUCUCGAAGAAAAAGAAACAAACAAAAUGGGAAAAAUGAUCGUAAAUCUCGUACUGAUAACACUUUUAUCAACUUUGACGCUGGUGCAAAUCUCGUGACUACUCUCGAUUUUUCAAUUAAUAAUUCUUUUUCGCAAUCAGAUAGUGAUCAAUCAAAAUUUUCUUCAUCACCUUCUUCCAAAUUCCCAGAAAUCAAUAAAGAAUUUUCAAACAAUAUUCAAUUUUGUGAUAAUAACAUCUAUGAGUUUAAUGAAGUUUACCCAGAUUCGGAUCACAAUCAAAUUGAAUAUAAUUAUUAUUGCCUCUACGAUGAUAAUAUUCUUUAUUAUCCUCAACUUGGCACUUGCCUUGACAACCCAGCUUCAUCUUCUUCUUCGGGUAGUAGUCCUAUCAUCUCUGAUAUUUCUGAGAAUCCACUAUUAUUUGUCAAUUAA